GCUUUUCUUUUAAAAACAAGAACCCAAACGUUUGAACGGUAGUGUAUAUAUACCGUAUAUAUAGGAUUGACCAUCCAGGAUAUCAAAAUGAAAACCAUGUUUUGAGGCUAUACAGUGUUUGUUUACAUUUUCAUUGUUUUACCCCAAUGUUUGUAAACAAUCUUAUAUUUGGUGUACUGGUGGGGUACGACAGUUGACGUUUAUAAGUUCUAUUUUUCAAGAAUCAAUGGGUAUAUAUCAUUAUUGAUGUCCAAAGAUAAAGGAUUCUAGCUUUAAAGGGAAUGUUGCUUGUAUUACUAGGCCUAUACGCUGACCAGUGUUGGGUAUUCAUUCAGGUCAGUUUCCUGAUUAUACCAAGAUAAUUAUUUUAAAUCAACAGAUCACCGAUUCCCCCGACUUUACUGCCCAUCUGGACCGGACAGUGGAAGUCUGGCAUGUGUUUUAUCUAGAAAGUUUGGCACGUACUUAAUCUUGGUAGGUAAAACAGAUGUAGGUGAAUUUUGUUUGUGUACUGUAAGUAUGUUGACAUGAAGUCUCUUUCCGCAGGUCCACAUUUCUUCAGAGAAUAACCCACACCACAUACUAAAUGCACUCAAGUGAUUCCACAUAUAAACAUUGUACCCUAGUGCAACACAACCCAAUGUCCCUGAUGGAUUCAGUGCACUUUUACAUUGGAGGGCAUUCAUGGAACUGUUUUGGACUGAGGCCUAUUCGAAUCGAAUCUCAAAAGUCAAGCAAUAGAUUUUGUUCCUGUGUUGUGGAUGUCUGCAAUGUUUGAGAACUGAGUGAUGGUGGUGGAACUGAAGGGUAUGUUCAUGUUCUGGCACAGAGGAUGAAACAAAUGUUUCCAGAGGCACCCCUUAGAUUCAGAACCUCUCAUUCUUUCCUUUACUUGAGCUAAUUUUGCUAUUAGACUUCACUGCUACUCUGGUAUGCCAGUUUCCCCUUUAGCCUACCGCUCAGAAGACUGUGCCAGGUCUCCAGUAAAACAAAGUGAAUCUGAACACACUGUCUCUGAGGCUUUUUCUGACUUACAAAACAAUGGAACUGUGAAAUUGAAUGCAAUGAAACUGUACAAAACGAUUCAGUUCGAUGAAAGGUUAAGAUAAUGACAGCCUAGUUCUAUAGUAUCUAUCUCUCUAGAACUACUAAAGAGUGUUUUUUUCUCUUCCUCAUGCAAAGCCUCUAAUUAUUCUAAGAAACCUGGGCACACUAACAAGGUCUGUCCUGAGGAGUUAUAGUACAUCAUGUGAGGAGAAUAUUGUCUAGGUCCUACUUUCAAAAUCCAAAGGAAUUGAUGAUGGUGUUGAGUUGUGGAGACUUUCAGAAGGGAAAAGGAGGUAUGGGGGAGGGGAGCUACUUGUUUUGGAAGAAAUCUGGAACCUAUAAACUUGGACAACUUAUACGAAAAAGAACGGCAGAAUAUCCCCAUCUGAUUGGUCAACCCACGUGCCUUUGUCUCCGCCUCAUCCCUUUACCCUUACCAAUCACAAAACGCAUUCUCUUCCUGUUAUGCUUGGCCUGGCUGUGCCUUAGAACCCAUCUGGACCAAUCUGUGGAACAGAUGGGUGGGAACUUACAAGUUCCAUCCUCUUUCUUCUUUAAAAAGCCAGAUGCAGGUUGGCUGCUGUCUUACAUUGAGCUAGGAUACUGGACGCAACUGCCGUUCUGAAUGUAGCGAGCAGAUUGUAUUGUUAAAUUGUUGUCAUGUCUAGAUGUAGGCAACAUAUGGAUUUCCAAUACUGAGAAUUGAUUAUUUUUCCAUUUGCUUUCUAUUGCUAGCAGACCUGGCAGAUCACUUCUGGUAUUUCUAUAUACAGGCUUGCCAUAGAACAGAGAAACUAAAGGAGGCAUAGCCCAUUAGAGGCCCUGAAUGAGAGAACAGAGGAGUGGGAUAGAACAGUGUAGGUGUAGAAACAGGGUUAGGUAGAUAGACUGCCAUGAGAGAGGAUCCGUCAAGCUGUGGUGAAUACCCUGAGGGAGGGGUGGUGUCCAGCGAGGAGGAGCCAGACUGUGCUCCAAACAAAUGCCCUGUGGUGGUGGUAACACCAGGGGCUGGCGGGCGCAAAAGGGUCACCAGGAAAGACAACAUUUCAUCGCCAACAGAGGACAACAAGUCAACGACAGGAGGGCCGCCCAGUCUGAUCCCAUCAGGACCCAAGAGGCCUAAGAAGAGUCCCCAGCCCUCCCUGUCUCCUCUCCCCAUCCCAGGCCAGCCCCUGGAGGACCCUCAGCACCAGCGGGUGGUCGCCAAUGUACGGGAGCGCCAACGGACGCAGUCCCUGAAUGAUGCCUUUGCCUCGCUUCGUAAGAUCAUCCCCACGCUGCCGUCAGACAAGCUGAGCAAGAUUCAGAUCCUGAAGCUGGCCUCACGCUACAUUGACUUCCUCUACCAAGUCCUACAGAGUGAUGAGAUGGACGCCAAGCUGGCCAGCUGUAACUACCUAGCCCACGAGAGACUCAGCUAUGCAUUCUCAGUGUGGAGGAUGGAGGGGGCCUGGUCCAUGUCCGCUACCCACUAGCCCUCCCACUUACCUCUCUAACACCCUCUCGCCCUCCCCUCCUGCCCCCUCGCCCUCCCACAGCUGCGCCCUCCGGACCAAAUCUCCCAUGACCUCUGACCCCUGCUCUCUGACCCUCAUCCUCACACCAUCUAACUCCUCCACCACUCUACACCAGCUCCACAUCUCCAUGGUAAAGAUGGCUAUCAGACACCUCAUCAGUGGCUGUGCCUCCCUUCACCAGUGGCCACACAUUUGCCAUUUGAAACCACUGCUUUACCCACUUCACAAGAGCAUAGGACCAAGGCGAUUGAGAAGCCUUCACGUUGGUCUGCAAUCCCUUUGAUUACUGGUUUGUACUUACACCUCUGGACCAACUAAAUCACAGAUCUCAGCCCUGCCCUCACUCUGGAGAGGUACUGUAGAGACUCGGCUUCCUCGAGCGCACACCGAAUCGUCAGGGCAACAAUUUUGAGCUACUAGCAGGCCUGGAAGACAGACAACUAAAGCAUUUUAUGACCUGGAAAUUGCAACUUUGACUUAGAAACAGUUUUGUACACAAAUGUAAGUCAUGUGAAUGUUCCUUUUCUAGUGUAAAUGCAUGUCGUCACAAACAAUAGAACAUUCUUGAUUAAAAGGGAAUCAGUUGCUGUAAAGAAUGUAUUUGUAUUACAAUUGUAGAUAUGUGGAUAAAACAUGCCUUGUGAUUUUCUUGUCCAUAUAAUAAAAUGUGUGUCUCAUCUUAUAACCGGUCUCACCUUUAACCCUGUACUGCGACGACACCAGCAUGGUCCACCAUCAGCCUUCAAUAUUUGGAGAUGGACGAUGACACAAUGGCAUUUCUAAACACCAAAUACAUAUGAAAUACUUGGACUUAUUAUCCUUCUUUGUGUUUGUGUGUGAAAUAACCUGGGAUCUAUCUACGAGUUACCCUGUCAGCCUUAAUUAGUGCUCUAGAACAUACGCCUCGUUAAGAAGUCUGCUCUGGCAGACUAAGGUAUAAUUGCACAUAAAGCUGUUGUUCUUUUGGGGGAAAAUAAGGCCUCUAAAAUAUUUAUUGGUUGGAAAGAAAUCUUGUGAUAUACCCAACCACAGAAGCACAUGUGGAUACAUGCAUUAAUGGACCAUGAGAGUGUACACUGUAUAUCAAACAUGUCACACCUACACAUGUGCACACACAACAUUUUCCAUUUUAAUUAAGAGAAAAUCAGUACAAAAUAGACAUUCUUUCUAUACACACAUAGGAAAUAUGGAGGAAACAAUCAAGGUCAAAUAAAAGUAUGAACGUAUGAAAAAAGAUUCAAUGUCAUUUUUUGUUAUUCUAAACUUGUUAGUGAAGGCUACCAAUACAUGAUUCAAGGCACAUGUGUGAUGCAUUUUGGUCUUGAGUAUCUAUUUACAGUGACUUUAGCAAGUAGAUCAUAAAAAGGACAAAAA